AGACUCUUAAAAUCUAUCAUCAUGGCAGACGUUUCCUUCGGUGUUGGUAUCCUCUGUACUCUACUAGCCGCCUUCUUUUUCGGUAUUCAAUACGUUCCCUGUAAACAAUACACCACUUACGACGGUGCCGUAUUUCAAUGGUUCAUGUGUAGCGGGAUCGUCUGGGGAGGCAUCUUACUUCAGCUCAUCCUCAUGCUCGCCUUCGACUGGCCUGGUCCCCAAGUCAUCCUCUACGGUGUAUUAUCCGGAAUGCUCUGGGGCUCAGCCAACUUCCUUGUGAUCCCUCUAGUGCGAAUCUGCGGCCUCGCCCUGGGCUUUUCCCUAUACCACAUCAUCAACCUCUCCUGGGGGUAUUGCCUAAGUCGAUUCGGCUUGUUCGGAAUGGACCAAGACGUCGGGCGAAUCCCCGUCCUCCGAGACGUUGGAGUAUUCGUCCUCCUGGCCUCAUUCAUAAUGUUGUUCUGGGUAGAACCUGAAGAGGCCAAAACAACCACUCCAACCUCCCUUAAAACGAAGGAAAGACCAUCACAGAGCUCCCGUCAUAAGAAUCCCCCAACGACUAGCGGUGGCGAAGAAACAACUCCUCUCGGUCAACCCGAGGUAGCUGAGGUGGAUAACAACCCAUCAGCUGUUGGUCGGAAACGUCUAUUCGGUAUGAGUCGCGGACAAGCCAUUAAAAUAACAGGAAUAGUAUUGGCGAUAGCAGCUGGUAUCCUGACAGCCAUGAACGGUUGGCCGUAUGCAUUAUGGACGCAAACGCAACAAGGGAAGGAUAUGAUGGCGGUUCAAUUCGUCUUUUCGCAGACCAUCGGUAUCUACUUUGUUUCCAGCAUUUGGUAUUGGCUAUCCUCAACCGUCCGACAAUUCGCUUUCAAAAAGCGUACCAAUCAUUCAGUUAUCCGUCCAGCUUUCAUUGCCGGUCUGUUCUGGGUAAUUGGUGAUGUCAACAUGCUAUAUGGCAUCGAUGGUAUCGGCUAUGCAGCAGCUUACACUCUAGAUGCUGUUGGGCCAGUCAUGGUUGCGAGCAUCCUCAGUCUUUUGUGGUUUAAGGAGAUCAAAGAAACGAGACAGCGCAUAUGGUUUGUCGCUUCAUUCGUCACUCAAGUCGCCGGCUGUAUAAUGGUAGCGGUAGGUGCCUAAAGGUACGUCUAUUCUAUCAGAGUACAUUUCCCAAAGAAGUGGCAUCCAAAUCUGCGCGCACAGGGAAGGAUAUCCUCUAUGAACUUUCCUUGUGUAGCCUGUAAAUUUGUAGCCGUUGUUCUAUUCAAUCAGCGGAGCGUUGUUUGCCGAAUACAUUGAAGAUGCUCCUAUAGUGUCCUAUGUUACUACUUUUCUCAACCACCAACUUAUUAAC